AUGUCUCUCGCUAUUGAUGUUGAGAAACCAAAGAUGGGUUCUUUUAAAAAGAGGAGUUCCUCAAAGUUGAGGCAUUCAUUGACUAAGAAGAGAAGAAGUAGCAAAGUGAUGUCUGUGGAGAUCAUUGAAGAUGAGCAUGACGCAGAGGAGUUGAAAGCGGUUGAUGCAUUCCGCCAAGCGCUUAUCCUCGAUGAGCUUCUCCCUGGACAAACAUGA